AUGUCGAGCGUCAAGGAUUCCCAUUCCCAAAGCUACCCUGAUGCCGAAGGUUAUUUCGGCCAGUUUGGUGGCAAUCACUAUCCACCUGGGGUUCGGCCAGCCCUAGAAGAAUUGGCCACCACUUACCAGGAACUGUGUCAAUCCCCAGAAUUCCAGCGCGAUCUCAAGAAGGUGCGCACCGGGCUUCAAGGGCGGCCAACACCGAUCCAUUAUCUCGAAAAUCUCUCGAAGGAGGUCGGAGGCGCUCAGAUCUUCAUCAAACGAGAAGACCUAAAUCACACAGGUGCGCACAAAAUCAACCAUUGUGUUGGCUUCGCACUUCUCGCCAAGAAAUUGGGCAAGACGAAGCUGAUUGCCGAGACCGGCGCUGGCCAACAUGGCGUCGCACUCGCAACUGCAGCUGCUUAUUUUGGUCUUGAAUGCGAGAUCCACAUGGGCGAGAUCGAUAUCAGUAAACAGAGAUCGAACGUUGGGCGCAUGCAGUUGCUCGGCGCACGCGUAGUGCCAGCGACCACUGGCCAGUCUGCCCUGAAGGAGGCUAGCGACUCGGCUUUCAACGCGUACGUAGAGCAGCAUGCGUAUGCUCUCUAUGCUAUCGGAUCUGCUAUUGGCCCACACCCCUUCCCCCUGAUUGUUCGGGACUUCCAGGGUGUCAUUGGCCAAGAGGCCCGCGAACAAUUUCUUUCCAUCACGAAUGGUAGCUUGCCCGAGCAUGUUGUUGCCUGCGUUGCUGGUGGCUCCAAUGCAAUGGGUAUGUAUUCAGGCUUUCUUGACGACCCAGAUGUUAUUUUGCACGCAGUAGAGCCGCUGGGCAAAUCCGAUGAACUGGGCCAACACGCGGCGACGUUGUCCUACGGCAGACCGGGGACGUUGCAUGGUGCUCGAUCGAUUGUGCUGCAGCAAGCUGACGGUACGACUGCAAACGUCUCGUCCGUGGCAUCGGGGCUCGUCUACCCGGGCAUCGGGCCGGAGAUUGCGAUGCUUCAUGAAACUGGUCAGCUUUCCGUCGCAGCGAUUUCUGAUGAGGAGGUAAUCGGUGCCUUUUUCCGAAUGGCAAAAGUCGAGGGAAUAAUCCCGGCUUUGGAAAGCGCGCAUGCGGUGGCGUUCGCGAUCCGAUUGGCAUCGCAGCGCCCUUCAUCAGAAAGGAUACUGGUCAAUCUUUCGGGGCGUGGUGACAAAGAUGUUGACUUUGUGCUUGAGAGCUACGGUACGGGUCAAUAG